AUGGGGGCUUUCUUGUGCUUGCGAUGUACAUCGGCAGGCGCAUUCAACCUGACCCUCCUUCACACGGCUGACACCUCGUCAACUGUCACCGCCGCGGAUGACUAUGGGAAAGCCUGCCAGCCCGUCAACGACUCCACCUUCUCGUACACGAGCUUCAGCGACGUGAACUGCUAUGGCGGCGCCGCUCGCAUGCGCACCCUCAUCGAGCGCGAGGGUGCGCGAUCCAACCACGUCUUCCUCGUCGACGCCGGUAUCAGCCUUGCAUACUCCCUCUACUUCUACCUCUACAGCUCGCCGCUCAUCGCCGACUACUUUGGCCUCCUCGGCUACGAUGCCGUCUCCUGGCAGGCGGCUGACCUGGCCAGCCAGCUCCACGUGGGGGAGUUCAUGCUGCGGGCCCACGACAACAACUCGGGGAUGCAGUUCGUCUGCAGCAACAUCCAGGGCUUCAACGCGCCCGCAGGGACCACCCUCUCUCGCUAUUUCAUCAAGACCUUCGCCGACACCGGCCACGAGGUGGGCUACAUCUCGACGCUCUCGGCCAACGUCGCGUCGAUGAUCCGCGCGCCCAACGUCAGUGCCACUGACGAAGCCCAGGCGCUGCGCGAAGGUCUGGCCGCGCUGGUCAACAAGGGGGUCGACAAGGUCGUGGCCACCGUCAGCAGCAACGUCACGGCCGAGCUGGUGCUCACCUCCGUGCCAGGCAUCGACGUGCUCAUCGUGCCCGGCCAGCUCCAGUCCAACAACGCCUCCGGCUUCCUUGCCAGCCGAGUCGGACCCUAUCCAAUGGUCUACGAGACAGACUGGGGGCAGCCAGUCCUCGUCGUGUCCUCGGGCACGUUUGGGCGCCUGAUGGGCGUGCUCCACAUCGAGUUCGACGACCAUGGGGUCAUCACGGCGUGGUCGGGCGACUCCGUGCUCAUGGACGACUCGGUGCCAGCCGACCCUUCCCUGCACGCCCAGCUGCUCAAGUUGGACCAGUCCGUGCAGGCCAGCUUCGGGACAGUGGUCGGGUGGACUGCGGUCAACCUAUCGUACGACACUCAGUGCCUCCAUGGCGAAUGCGGCGUCGGUGAUUGGCUGAGCGACUCCUAUCGCGCAUACGCCAGCGGCUCCCUGGGUUAUCGCGUGCCCAUCGGGCUGGCCAACGGGGGCGCCGUGCGGGGCGCCAUUCCGGCCGGGCCGGUGACUCUGGGCCAGCUACAGCUGACCUUCCCUUUCGGCGCCAACGACCUCUACGUCCUCCGCAUCCUCGGCCUCGACCUACUCGACGCGCUCGAGAACGGCCUCUCGCUGGCCACCGACCCCACCAGCGACCUCACGAACGGCGCCGGGCGCUUCCUGCUCCCCUCGGGUCUCCGGUUCUCGUGGAAUCCGACUGAGACACUGGGAAUGCGGGUGGUUGACGCCUACGUCGAGGUGCAGCAGGACGUGUGGCAGCUGCUCCUGCCCAACGAGAGCUACACUGUGGCCACCGACAGGUGGCUGGCCAAUGGCGGGGACAACUUCACGAUGAUCCGGGAGCGCGCCACCCAACGCUACCCCGCGGGCGGCAACGUGAACGCGGUGCUCUUCCAGGCGCUCGCCGGCAACGCGACCGGUCUGCAGACCCAGCGCAUCACCACGACCAGCGCGGCGUCGCGGCGCACCUGCCUCGCGGCCGACGGCUCGAUCUGCAGCGGCAACGGGUACUGCCGCACAGGUGAGUGUCAUUGCACAGUCGCCGAGGCAUCGGGCACACUGUGCAUGACACGCCCAGCCCAAGCCGACUCCUCAACAGACCACGCCAUCGCCAUCUCGCUGGGCGUCGUGCUGCCACUGUUGGCGGCCGUCGCGGUUACCGUCGCGGUCUGCGCCCUGCUCGUGCGGGCCAAGAAGAAGAAGGAGAGCGACAGCUGGGAGAUCGACACGUCGGAGCUGGACAUGGGCCAGCAGCUGGGCGCCGGCGGCUUCGGCCAGGUCUACCAGGCCGUGUGGAAGGGCACCGACGUCGCGGUCAAGGUCGUGCCAGCGGGCGAUGUUCAGCAGGGCAAGGCCGUGUGCAAGACCUUCAAGCACGAGGUGCGGGUGAUGCGCGAGCUCAGGCAUCCGAACGUGGUGCUGUUCAUGGCGGCGUGCACCAAGCCCCCAAGACUGUGCAUCGUCAUGGAGCUCAUGGAGCUCGGCUCGCUCUACGACGCAGCCUUUCAAGCUGCGCGGGGCAUGUACUUCCUGCACUCGUCCGGCAUCGUGCAUCGAGAUCUCAAAUCGCUCAACUUGCUGCUCGACAGCAAGUGGAACCUAAAGGUCAGCGACUUUGGAUUGACCCGGUUCCGGACCGACCUGAAGAUGGCAACCGGCUGCAAGGCCCACGGCACCAUCCACUGGGCUGCGCCCGAAGUCAUUGAGGAGUCACCGCACAUCGACUACAGCCUGACUGACGUAUACUCGUUCGGGGUGGUCCUCUGGGAGCUCCUCACGCGAGAGACGCCCUACAGCGGAAUGAGCCUGGCCGCCAUCGCCGUCGGCGUGCUGCGCGACAACCUCAGGCCGGCGCCGCUCGAUGAGAACCCGACCGCACAGAGAUUCGAGCCGCUAGAGGCCAUCAUGGUCGAGUGUUGGCAUCGGGACCCGGCCAUGCGCCCCUCGUUCCACGACAUCAUGGGCCGCGUUUCGGCCAUCGGCCCCAAGCCCGACGACGCCGCAGUGCGCCUGCAAAGGCAAAGCAGCAGCAGCAGCAGCGAAACUUCGCUGUCCUCCGACCACUACUCGUGGGGCCUCGACUCCCUGGCCGCGCCGGCCACCGACGUGGCGGUGACGGUGGCGUUCAGUGAUGUGGCCGACACUGCCAUACUCUGGGAAUCGAAUCCGCAGGCCAUGCGAGAAGCCAUGCUGUGCUACAACGAGCUCCUGCGCAGCCUUCUGGCUGCCCACCACGGCUACGAGGCCACUGGUAGCGCAACACGCCACAGGGACCCGGUGUCCAGUCGUUGGGGAUACAGCGGUGCGGCUGUCAACGUCGCCCUGGAGCUCACGCAGCACGCCGAGGGCGGCCAGGUGCUCGUGUCCGACUCGGUCGUAUGUGCCAUCAUCGCUCAGCAGCCAAAGGUGGACUUCGAUCAGCGGUUCCACACGGUGGGAGCCGUUCACGUCGAGGCCUGCGUUGCCGAUGACCUACUCGACUCAGGAGCCGACACCGACUCCAGAGCGACACAAGCCGUCCAAGUGUUCGAGAUGCGGCCGCUGGCCGCCGACGCCGACGACUCGAUCAACGAGCUGGGUGGUAGCAAGCGACAGCUCGAGCGGGUCGCGAUUGGAAGCGCCAACGCGUGCAGGUACAUCGUGGCCCAUGGAGACCUGACGCUCAGCGACCAGCCCGCCGGGCAGGGCGGCCACGGAUGGGUUUACAGAGGCCGAUGGCGCGGCAUUGAGGUGGCGGUCAAGCGGCUGGCUGGCAAGCGGUUCGACGAGGAGAGCCGUCUGCGCUUCCGCGAGGAGGCGGCCCUGCUGGCUCAGCUGCGGCAUCCGCACGUGGUGCUGUUCAUCGGCGUGUGCCUGCGCGCGCCCAACGAGCUGGGCUGGCCGCUGCGACUCUCCCUGGUGCGGGGCAUAGCCCUCGGGCUGGCCUUUCUCCACUCAUGCGCGCCACCGAUUCUGCACCGCGACCUCAACUCGUCCAACGUGCUCAUCGACGACUUGUGGAAUUCAAAGAUCGCCGACUUUGAGCUGGCGCGAAUGAAGCAAGAGAACGCCACGACGAUGCCCUGGUGCAUGGCACCAGCGUGGACGGCGCCCGAGAUCGUGCGGCGCGAGAGAUACACAGAGCCGGCCGACAUCUUCUCACUAGGCAUCAUAAUGUGGGAGGUGGCCACACGCGAGCUGCCCUUUUCCGGCGACGAGAACGCUCGAGUGGCCCUCCACAUCGUUGAGGGCAAACGGCCCCCGCUUCCGGCCGGUGUGCCUCCUGGCUACGGUGAAUUGAUGCAGGCUUGCUGGCACGAGCAGGCACUCCAGCGACCCAGCGCUGAGCAGGUCGCCAACAUGCUGGCGCUCCUGGUGCAGGGUGGCAACCAUUCUGAGGUGUAG